AUACAUAUCAUUAUAUCCUGAUUUCAUAAGAUUCCAUAUCACUUAAUUACAGACUUUUGACCAUAAGAUAGCCAAUCAGAGUUCAGAAGAAGACGCUAUUGCACUAUGAUAUGCUAUAUAUAAGGAACAAUUCAUUCAGAUAUAUUAUAAUAAAAGCAGUUGAAGUCAUUAUAUGAAACUGUUUUAAAAAGGAUUGGAACUUACAACGACAGGAAAAUAAUCACUAUGAAUAAGUUACUUUGUGUUACUUUUGUUCUUCUUGCAGUCAUAAACAUCUCUAAGUGCAUCAACAUUUCUGACAAAGGAGAACGUGCAUUAAGGCAGAAGAGAUCUAUACUAGAUUAUGGUAAAUGGUGUGGCCCAAGAAAUACUCCAAUAGGCAAACCUGGCUGCUCAUGUAGUACAGGCAAACAGACAUGCAGACAAAAAUAUCCACCAAAAGAUGGCCUUGAUGCUGCCUGUAUAAACCACGAUAUUUGCUCGCAUUGUUCAGACAUAGCCGGGAAGAGCAUUUUACGUUAUUGUGACUGUGAACGUGGAAUUUACAAUGAAGCUAGACAAGC